AUUGAGCACACAGACAUCCGGGAGUAGUUCAAUGUCAAACAGGUGUAGUAUGCAAUUGCUGGUGAAUCUAUUGUUGCUCGCGCUGAGCAUCGGCGACAGCUGGCAACAGCUGACGACGGAAGCUGAUCUCGAUUUUGAGGAGCCAGGCUUCUCCAUUGGACCACGCAUCGUGGGCGGCCGCCGAGCACGAGCCGGUCAAUUCAAGCAUCAGGUAUCGUUGCGUCAUCGUGGCCAGCACACCUGUGGCGGCUCAAUCAUCUCACGCAACUACGUCCUGACGGCGGCACACUGCGUUCAAUUUGGCUCCAAUGUUGUUCCUGCCAAUCAGUUGGCUAUACAGGCGGGCAGCCUGAAUCUCAACAGCCAUGAGACCUAUGUGGAUGUUGCCAAAGUCAAUGUGCAUCCCAGAUACAAUGGUGGCGGUGUUGGCUACGAUGUUGCCGUGCUGCGUCUCAAGUCCAAUCUCAAUUUCAAUGCCAACAUGGGUUCCAUUGAAUUAGCUCGCAAUGAUCCGCCCACCAACUCCAGCGUCUUCAUCUCCGGUUGGGGUGCCAUCUAUCAUGGCGGCCCCAUCUCCAGGGAACUGCUCUACAUCCAAGUGCUCAGCAUUAGUCGCAAUCAGUGCACCAGUCGCUACAUGCGCAAUCUACCGGAGACCACCAUGUGUCUGUUGCAUGGCGCCAAUCUUGGCGCUUGUCACGGCGACUCGGGCGGUCCGGCUGUCUACAAUAAUCAGCUGGUGGGCGUCGCUAGCUUUGUCCUCGGCGGCUGUGGUCGCGAGGCACCCGAUGGCUAUGAGCGCGUCUCUUACCUGCGCAACUGGAUUGUCGCGAAUGCCGAACUUGGCAGUGCAUAAAAAAUGCUUAUACUAUACUUGACUAAAUAAAUUCAAACUUUUUCAAUACUUCAGCAGAA